CACACAUACAGCUGACUACAGCAGACAGUCCAGCAAACUACUCAAUACAAAAGACGUCUACUGACAUUGUUCUGCAUAAUAUUGAUUCAAAACGAUGAAGUUCUGUGUAGCAUCCCUAACUUUUCUGAUUUGCACGACACUGCUGUCCACAACAGAAGGUCGACCCCUACGCCCACAUCUACGAUGCAGUUGUGCUGAGAAAUAUGAAGGAAAACCAAUUCCUAGCCAUAAAAUACUAGCAUUGAAGGUUAUUCCUGCUGGUGUACAGUGCAAAUAUGUGGAGAUCAUUGCCACGAUGAAGAAAGGAGUAACUUGUCUCAAUCCCAAAGAGAAAUGGGUGAACACUCUCAAGGAAGAAAUGAUCAAGAAAAACAUUAAUCAAGGAAUAUCACAGUUAUUUGACUAAAGCACACAGACAAAUAUUGUGACUGAAGGAAAAUCAUCUGAAGUUUGUAAGACGCAACAGACUACUGUACCGUAUUACUAUAGUAAUUUAGUUGUAUGUUUUUGUGAUUUAUUUGUCAUUAUUUAAAAUAUUGACUGCUAUAUUCUGAAUAAAAUGUGAACAUAUUUUUUUUUUUUACUGUGAAUCAAUCUGACCUAGACAUUUUAAGAUCUUGUUUAACUUCAUUUAUCCUGUCACUGAAUUUUUGUUUUGUAUUUUUAUAUAGUUUUGUAUUAGUUUGUACAAUGGCAUACCAACAUGCUGUUUUGAAUUUCACAAUGGGUGUUUUAGUUAGGUGUUUAUUGAACUUAAAUUAAAUGCUACAGAAAAUAAAAUAAAAAAAUUGAUAGCUGUAACAAAUGUGCUUUCCAUUUCUAUUUCAUUUCCCAUGUAAUUUCUCUGUAUCUCCAAGUGCUCUCCAUUCCAGUGAAAUCUCAAAAUAAA